AUGGCUCAAGAACUAUCACAAGAAUUUGAGAAGAUGGGAAUUGAGAUUCGAGCUCCCAGUGAACCUACAAAAAUGAUCUAUACAAUGACUUUUCAGCCCGAGUUGAUGGAAAAGAUAAAGAAGUGCCAAGAAGAAGUGAUGAAUGAGAAGAUGAAUGAGUUGGCCGGAGAAGAGAUUUUUGGAGAAAGGAAAGUAAUUGCUCCAGAAUUGAUCCAGCAAACAAAGGAAGCAGUAGAUGUGAUUCGAAACAGAUUUAUUGCAGCUCAAGACAGGCAACGAAAGUAUGCUGACCCGCAUAGAAAAGAUGUUGAGUAUGAAAUCGGGGAAGCUGUUCUGUUGAAAGUGUCAUCUUGGAAAGGAAUAGCAAGAUUCGGAAAGAAAGGGAAACUGAAUCCAAGAUUUAAUUUCAACCCCGACACCAAGUGCAUCAUAGAGAAUGAACCAGUUGACAUAGAGUCCGAUUUGUCUUAUAUCGAGCAACUGGUUAGCAUUCUGGAUAGAAAGGAUAAGUUGUUAAGAAAUAAGACAGUUCCUUUAGUUAAAGUUUUGUGGAGGAAUCCCAAGGUUGAAGAAUCAAUGUGGGAAUUAGAAAGUGAUAUGUUUGAUAAGUAUCCUCAUUUAUUUGCUUAG